UGGGAGGGUGGGGUGGGGGUCCGUUGCUGAUGCUGGGCAGAUUGCGUUUAUCUCCGCAUCUCUGCUCCGUUACCCUUAAUGCUGCCACUGGAUGGCUGCGCGUCGCAGUUCGACGUGAGAUCAUUUAUUGAGGGCUUCAUCUGAUUUAAAAAAAGCUAACAAACAUGACAGACAGUACGACUUCUGAUCUAUGCUCUGUUCCUAAUCCGACUAUUGUGGACCCGUCGGCUGUGCGAAACGGACAAUGCGCCGCUGCCCAGGAUCCGAACCUACCCAAAAGAGGGAGCCAGGGCGAUCCUUUCAAUAUGGACCGGGACCAGGAGAUGAAAAUCACAGAUAGCGUUGAGGGACAAGGUCUCUUGGAGAGCAGCAUGCGCCUGAAGCCUCAUGAAGCUCAGAGUUACAGGAAGAAAGCUCUGUGGGUGUCCUGGAUCUCCAUUGUGGUGACGCUCAUCCUGGCUGUGGCCGCUUUCACUGUAUCCUUCAUGAGACACAGUGCAUCAGCUUUUGGAUUUGCCUUUGAUGCGACGUUAGAUGUUCUUUCCUCCAUUAUAGUGCUGUGGCGCUAUAGCAACGCUGCAGCAGUGCACUCUGCCCAUAGAGAAUACAUAGCAUGUGUGAUCCUGGGAGUAAUUUUCAUCUUGUCGUCUAUGUGUAUUUUGGGGAAGGCCAUCCAUGAUCUGGCCACCAAACUUCUUCCUGAAGUGGAUGACUUCCUGUUCAGCGUUUCCAUCGUCAGUGGCUUCAUGUGUGCCAUUCUUGCUGUUGCCAAGUUCAUGCUGGGAAGGGUUUUGACCAGCAGAGCCCUAAUCACUGAUGGCUUCAAUUCCAUGGUUGGAGGUGUCAUGGGCUUUUCCAUCCUCAUUAGUGCUGAGGUGUUUAGGCAUUAUCCCAACAUUUGGUACCUCGAUGGGACCAUUGGGGUCCUGAUUGGACUCAUCAUUCUAGCUUAUGGAGUCAAGCUGUUGAUUGACAUGGUACCACGAGUAAGACAAACUCGAAACUACGAGCGCUUUGAGUAAAGCUGGUUCAGAGAGAAAAAGGCAUUGUUUGGAUCCAUCCAUUCCUCUCUGCUCCUGCUGCUCUCUCAACACACACAAUACCCAAAUACAUCCAGGAAUAAAGUCUGCUGGCAGCCAUUUCAGCAUCACGUACUUGUAGAGCCACCACUCCGACCAGCUCCUGAUGUCCUCUUUCACUCAACACAACAUUUAAGAAGGAAAGAGGAAGGACAACGAGCUGGUCAAUGUGCACUCCAGGCACUCCAAGAUAUCAUCCUGGAUAGUGAU